UUCAUUUGUCAGGGGGGUCACGGCGUUUAGGUGUACAGAUGUUGCACAGUUUAAGGUUUUCUCUAUUCAUGGCAUCCAAACAUCGAAUUGCAGGGACCAACAUUCAGAGCUCCGCAAAGAGGGCAAGAACCAUGGCCACGUCCUCCACAGCCAUUGAACCCGCUUUGAAGGAGGCUUUUUCCAGAUAUACUCAGUGUCUCAAUGACCUCAAUGACAAACGUGAAAGAGUGGUCAAAGCAAGUCGUGAUGUAACAAUGAAUAGUAAGAAAGUCAUAUUUCAAGUGCACAGGAUGAGUAAAUACAAUAAAGUGGAAGUACUUGAGAAAGCUGAAAAGGAUUUAGCAGCUGUGACAGAUCAGUACAUGUCACGACUAGUCAAAGAAUUGCAGGGAACUGAUUUUUGGAAGCUAAGACGAGCAUACUCACCUGGGAUACAGGAGUAUGUUGAAGCUGCUACAUUCUAUGGUUUCUGUAAAAGUGGAACUCUUUUGAAGCUUGAUGAGAUAAACAAAACAUUGCUACCACUUAGUGAUCCAUCUCUUGAUCCUCUGCAGAUAAAUAUCCUUGACUAUAUAUUAGGGUUUAAGGAUCAAUUGGGGCAAAAUAGAGGUUCAAGUUAUCUAUUUGUGAAAGAGGUUGCAGAUUUGACUGGAGAGUUGAUGCGUUUAGCAAUAGGUAGGAUAUCAGAUGGUGAACUUGAGUUUGCUGAGAAGAUAUGCAGAUUUGCACGUGAUGUAUACAGGGAGCUUACACUUGUAGUGCCACAUAUGGAUGACAGUUCUGAUAUGAAAACAAAGAUGGAUGUAAUGCUCCAAAGUGUCAUGAAAAUAGAGAAUGCUUGCUUUGGUGUUCAUGUGAGAGGGUCAGAGUAUAUUCCACUUCUUGGAUCCAACGAUCCAAGUUCUUUCUUAGUGGGAGUUCCAGAUAUUGAACUAUGAGUUAUCCAUUGGACGCUUUGUGAGAUCCAUGUAAAUGAGAGAAUAGUCUGCUAGAAGGUUUUGGAGGUUGAUAUCACUGCAUGGACCAAUCUUGACUAUAUUUUGCGUUUGCACAUGAUCAUCGAAGAGGAAAAUUAAGACGAUUCUUAACAAAGAUGAGAAUGUACGCUUCUCAUUUUAUUUGAAAAGGUUGAUAAUUUUCACAUGAUGUUAUUGAACAUUUACUAAAUCUUCUGAGAUUACAGACAUUGACAUGAUGCUUGAAUUAUGCUAUCAGAUGAACAUUUCAGUUUUCUCUUCGGUC